AUGCUCGCCGCAAAGCUCCUCUUCGGCCUCGCAAUGGCCAUUCAAUGGGCCACCGCCUGCGGCGCACCAAACACCACAACCCCAGACCCAAGCGACAUCUUCCACAUUGGCACCGACGGCCCCGCGCCCCCAGAAACCCUAGGCUACUUUAUCAACCACUUCGGCCUGCUGACCACAAACCUCGAGCGCCUGAAGCACUUCUACGGCGAUAUCCUUGGCCUCCGCCUCAUCUUCAACGUCAUCCUCACACCGGAGUUCACAAUCACGUACAUGGGCUACCCGCAGGGCGGCCGCAACGGGACGGGCUUCCAGACAGGCGAAGAACUUAACCGGGACAAGAACAAUCUCGCCGGUCUGCUUGAGAUCGUGCAGUUCAGUGCUUCGGAUGACGAGCUGCUCGGCUCGCUUAACCGCACCAAUACGUUCGGACACGUCGGUCUCGUUGUUCCGGAUAUCGUCAAGGCGCAGGAAUAUCUUGAGAGUAAGGGUGUUGAAAUCCUGAAGAGAUAUGGAGAGCCGAUCAAGACAUUCACGGGUCCUGUUAACAAUGCGUUUGGUAUUGGGGAGUAUGCGGGAGUGCAUUUAGAAGCUAAGCAGAGGCUUAUGGAUGCGCAGGGGAUUAUCGGCUUGCCUUUGCUCGUAAUGGUCGCAGAUCCGGAUGGGAAUCUGGUGGAGAUUCAACAGCAGGAACAGCCGGCUGGUGUUCUGUGA